AUGAUUAAAGUUAAUGUUGAUGGUGCAAUCUUCUCUAAUGAGAGGUGUUUUGGGAUUGGUUUGAUAGCAAGGACAGCGGCUGGGGUUGUCUUACAAGCUAAGAGUUUACUCAAAGAGGGUGUGUUGAAGCCCCAUGUGGUGGAAGCAAUUGGCAUAAAGGAGGCUCUGAGUUGGAUUAAAGACAAGAGAUGGACGAAUGUGGUGGUGGAGUCGGAUUGUUUGAGAGUCAUCAAGGAUUUACAAAAGUUUAAACAUAUGGCUUCUCCUUAUGGCCAUAUACUUUCUGAUUGUAUGACUGUGUGUUCGGGUAUUGAUGAUGUUUCUUUUAAUUUUGUUAAGCGAUCUGCUAAUAAGGUUGCGCAUGCUAUUGCGCGAUCUUCUCUUGUUGAGGCUGAUUGUACUUAUUCUGGGGAUGCGUUACCCAUGGAUUAUGCAUCUUUUGUUUUGAAUGAUUUGAUUUAA